AUGAUGCGAGGUGCGAGCCAGCAGCCAAUUAUCGUGUUGAGUCAGGGUACUAAGCGCGAAUCUGGACAUCAAGUGCAAAUCGGUAAUAUUACCGCUUGCAAAACAAUCGCUGAUGUCAUCCGCACAAGUCUGGGCCCACGUGCUAUGCUUAAAAUGUUGAUGGAUCCAAUGGGAGGAAUUGUAAUGACCAAUGAUGGAAACGCUAUUCUUCGCGAAAUUACCGUCAAACAUCCGGCCGCGAAAAGUAUGAUUGAAAUUGCUAGAACUCAAGAUGAGGAGACUGGUGAUGGUACUACUUCGGUCAUAAUUCUUGCUGGAGAAGUUAUGGCUCAAGCUCAACCAUUCCUUGAGCAGAAGAUUCACCCCACGAUUAUCAUUCAAGCUUACCGUGCUGCUCUCGAAGAUAUGAUUAACCUAGCGGAAACUAAGUUCUCGAAGCCAGUUGACAUCAACAACGAUGACGAAGUGGCUACUGUUGUAAAGUCAUGCUUGGGAACCAAAAUGAUUAGCAAAUGGAUGGAUUUGGCUGUGAAAAUUUCACUUGACGCUGUUAAAACUAUCCGUGUCGAAAAAGGAGGAUUGAAAGAAAUCGAUAUCAAAAGAUAUUGCCGAAUCGAGAAAAUUCCCGGUGGUACUAUUGAGGAUUGCCAUGUUGUUAAAGGUGUUGUUCUUAAUAAGGAUAUUCUUCACGCUAAAAUGAAGAGACGCAUUGAAAAUCCAAGAAUUGUGCUCCUUGAUUGCAAUUUGGAAUACAAAAAAGGAGAAUCUCAGACCAGCUUGGAGAUCAUGCGCGAAGAAGACAUUUCGAAGAUUUUAGAACAGGAAGAAGAGGCCAUCCGAAAACAGUGCGAUGAAAUUAUCAGCGUCAAGCCAGACCUUGUCUUCACCGAGAAGGGAAUUUCCGAUUUGGCUCAACAUUUUCUUCUCAAGGCAGGAAUUACGUGUUUGAGACGCUUAAAGAAAACUGACAAUAACCGACUGGCCAGAGUUUGCGGCGCUAGAAUUGUUCACGAUACCGCUGAUUUGCGUGAAGAGGAUGUUGGAACUAAUGCUCAGCUUUUCGAAGUUAUUAAAAUUGCUGAUGAAUAUUACACAUACGUGACAUCGGAAAAAACGACAGCAUGUACUGUUGUAUUAAGAGGCCCAUCUAAAGAUGUGAUCAAUGAGGUUGAAAGAAACCUUCAAGACUCGUUGCACGUUGUUCGCAACGUCUUCUUGAAUCCGCGACUUGUUCCAGGAGGAGGCGCUCUUGAAAUGGCGCUUGCUCAAGCGAUCAAGGAAAAAGGAAAGGGAAUCGAAGGAGUUCGUCAAUGGCCAUAUAAGGCUAUCGGAUUAGCAUUGGAAGUUAUCCCAAGGACAUUGGUGCAAAAUUGCGGAGGAAAUACCAUUCGGCAAUUGACUUCAUUGAGAGCUAAGCACGCCCAAGAUUCCGCCAAUUGGACAUGGGGAAUUGACGGAACCACUGGAGAAUUGAUCGAUAUGAACAAAUUGGAUAUUUGGGAUCCAUUGAGUGUCCGCGCGCAAGUUUUGAAGACAGCCGUUGAGACAUCAGUCAUGCUACUCCGCAUUGAUGACAUUGUGUCGGGAACGAAAAAGUCAUCGGGACAAGAAAAACAAGAAAUGAUGCCGCAAUAA